CUCACUCCAGCACUCAGCAGCCCAGCCAGCACUCGAUAAGCCGAUCUCCCCAGAAAACAAAAACCAAGACCCUAACGAUAGACCCAACAACACAACAUGCACGCCAGAAGAUCCUUGCUUUCUGUGAUCUUGGUCGUGUCGGCGCUUGCCGGACUUGCGUCGACCGCCCCAUCCUCCAACAACCUGGCGGCUGCCACCAACCCCUCGUCUGAGACGGGAAGCUCAAAGAAUGACGGCGCCGGCAGCGACCCUCAUGGUCAUAAGAAGCGAGGCAGCGACCCCCAACCUUCCCCAGACCAGCCGAAGAAGCCUGAAACACCUAAUCGUCGUCACAAGCGAAGCAGCGACCCACCUGCUGCAGAUGACGCGAGCAAAAAGCCUGAUGGACCUAAACCUCGUCACAAACGAAGCAGCGACCCACCUGCCGCAGAUGACGCGAACAAAAAGCCUGAUGCACCUAAACCUCGUCAAAAACGAGGCAGUGACCCUGCCGCAGAUGACCCUAACAAAAAGACUGAUGCACCCAAACCUCCUCCCAAGAAGCGAAGUGCCGAUAACAAAGCCGCAGACUCCGUAAUCCAGAACACUCCUCAGUUCAAUAGCGCCGAGGGCGAUGGCAACAAGAAGGGAACGCCAGCGAAGCCUGACCCCCAUGCCGUCGUCCAGGCUAAGCGAAACGAACCCGCCCCUUCAUCGGAAGACGAUAAGAAGAAGACACCCAACGCCGUUCAUCAGCUUGGGUGUGAUGCUACCACUGGCGACUCCAAUAAGGCAACCACUGCCGUCCAUCAGCUCGCGUGCGACGGUGGUGCUGCUGCUAAGACAGACGCCGCCGGCGCUACGACUACCGGCGGUGCCGACACCACGAAAACCGCUAAUUAG